AUGAAUUUAUACGAUAAUUUAAAAAAAGAUUCUAUUUAUAUAUACGGAAAAAUAUACGAAUUGCUAGAUCAUCUGAAUAAUCAUAAUUUUAAGUGUUAUAUUAAUAAUGAAAAGAAAGUAGAUUUAUCAAAGGAAUUUAAAUAUCAGAAAAAAAAAAGAGUUGAGUUUAUUUCCAUUUUAGAUUAUUAUGCAAGAUUUAAAAACAAGGAGAGUGAGUUUCUUGUUUUGCCUAUUAUAUUUAAUAAGGAGUAUGAAAUAUUAUAUUUAGGAGUUUCUAUGUUUUUUAAAGAGAAUUUUUCUGAGGAAUAUAAAAAGAAUUGUUAUAAUUAUAUAGAAUUAUAUAUUUAUAAUUUAGAUAAAAACAAUGUAGUUACUUACGAGAAUUGUAUUACUUCUAAUCAUAAUAUAAGUAUUUUUAAAUUACUUAUCAACUUAGAGGAUUUAAAAAAUUCUCAUAAGGAAGAAAUACUAAAAAAUGAUAUUAAAAGAAUUAUGAAUAAUAGAAAUAAUGACCAGGAAGUAUAUUUAAAAAAUAAUAAUUAUUGUAUUGAUGAUAAAAAGAAUGAACACUUAUGUUCACAAGAAAAUAAUAUCUUAAAACGAGAAGAAAAUUAUUUAUCAUAUAGUAAUAAUAUUAAAUACAAUAAUAAGAAUUUUAAUUUAGGAAAUAAUGACUACUUAAUUAUAUAUAAUACAUAUAAUUCAUUAAAGAAAAGUGAUCACUUAGAAGAAUCAUUCACUGAUUAUACAUAUAAAAUUCAUACAAAUAGUGAUAUUAAUAAUACAACUAAUAAUCAUAAUAAUAAGAAUAAUAUUAAUAUUAAUGACAAUAAUAAUAAUCACAAAUGUAAUAAUUAUAUCAAUAGUAAUAUUAAUAUUAGAAAUAAUAAUAAUUGUAAUAAUAAUAUAAAUAAUAUUAACAACAACAAUAAUAAUAAUAAUGAAAAUAUCAACAAAACUAAUAACAGCUAUAAUAAUAACAAUAAUCAUGAUUAUAACAAUAACUAUAGUAUCAAUAGUAACAUUAAUAGUAUGAAUAAUAAUCAUAUAAAUAAUAUUAAUAAUAAUAACAAUAAUAAUAAUAUUAAUAUAAAUAACACGAGUAAUAAUAAUAAUCAUAAAUAUAGCAAUAAUAAUAUCUAUAGUAAUAUUAAUAUUAUUAAUAAUAAUAAUAGCAAUAAUGAUAAUAGUAAUAAUAAUAUAAAUAAUAUUAAUUAUGAUAUUAACAAUAAUAAUAAUGAUAAUAUUGAUAAUAACAACAAAGAAUAUAUUAAAGAUGAAAUGAAUAAAAAUAGUUCAUGUAAAAACAAUCAUAUAAAUAAAGUGAACCAUUAUGAAAAUUUAGAGAGAAGAAGUGAAAAUGAAUAUAAUAUAUCAGAGAUAAAUUGUGAGAAUCAAAAUAUUAAUUAUCAGUAUUAUUAUUUUAAAGAAAGAGAAAACUUAGUUUUAAAUAUAAAGAAAAAUGAUGAAAUCCCAGUAAAAAUUGAAAAUUCUCUUAAUAAUAAUAGUGAAGAGAAAACAUAUACUUCCUUAAAAAUAAGUGAAUCAUUACAACAUAAUUAUAUGAACACUAAAGUAAUAAUUAAUUUAGAUAAUGACAAGUUAAAUGAGAAAGUAAGUUAUUUAAAACAAGAGAUGAUAUAUAAUCAAAAUGAUUACUUAAAAAUUAAUGAUACGCAUAUGAAUAAAUAUACUGAGUUUAUGAAAGAUAUAUCUAUUGAUAAUAUUAUAUAUAAAAAUUACUUUCAAGAAAAUAAUAAUAACAAAAAUGAAAAAUGGAAAAAUUUUAAAUCAGGUUUUUUUAGUUUUAAAGGUAAUAGAACUUAUAAUGAAGAUAGAGUAAUAACUAUAGAAAAUAUCAAUGAUUUUAUAAAAAAGGAGUAUAAUGAAAUAAUCAAAAAAAAAGAAGUAAACGAAACUUUUGAUAAAGAAUACUAUGAUUUGAUUCAUAAAUUACAAAAUAUAGAAACUCAACCAUACAUGUAUUGUGCUAUUUAUGAUGGUCACAAUGGAGAGAAUACAGUAAAUAUAGUUCAGAAGUUUUUACAUUUAAAUGUUUAUUCUUAUCUUAUAAACGGAAAUGGAAUAAGUAAUUCAUUAAAAUAUGCUUUUCAAUCUAUUGAUGAACAUAUAUGCAAAGAAACAUUGAAUAAUGAAGAAAUUAACCAUUCUAACCUAUCAAGUGGUAGUACCGCAUGUGUUAGUAUAAUAUUUAAAAGCAUGUUGUAUAUAGCAAAUAUAGGAGAUAGUAGAUGUGUUUUAAGCAAAAAUGGAAGAGCAAUUGUAUUAACAGUUGAUCAUAGAGCAAGUAUCAAUAAAAAGGAAGAAGAGAGAAUUAUAAAAUCAGGAGGAGUGUUAGAUGAUGAAGGAUAUUUAGAUGGUUGUUUAGGAGUAUGUAGAGGAUUCGGUUCUUUUGAUAAAAAAACUAAAAAAAAAUUAAAAGGAUUAAUAUGUGAGCCAGAUUUAUUUCAAAUAAAAUUAACUGACGAUGAUGAGUUUUUAAUCAUUUGUUGUGAUGGGGUUUUUGAUGUUAUGACUUCUCAAGAAGCUGUUAAUACAGUUAGAGCAUCAUUAGUUGAAAGCACAAAUGCAAAUAUUGCUUCUGAAGCACUUUGUCGAUUAGCUUAUAAAAGAAAAUCUUUAGAUAAUUUAUCAGUUGUAGUUGUUAUAUUUCAAAAUCCAGAGAUGAAAAAAAAAACAAGUAUAAAUGAAAAUUCAAGUUUGUACUCAAGUCAAACUGGAAGAGUCAGAAGAAGAAUAAAAUUUUCUGCCUUAAAAGAUUUAAUAAAUCCUUGA